AUGGCAGCAUCGGAAAGGGACCUGGUGGUGACCGACACGGUGUCUAAUCCAGGUAUCACGAUCGUCACCAUCAAUCGGCCUCGACGAAAGAAUGCGGUUGAUUUUCUCACCGCAAAGCAGCUGUACGAAGCGAUCUUGGCCUUUGAAGCUGAUACGACACAGAAAAUCUGCAUACUCACGGGGACUGGCGACACAUUCUGCGCGGGCGCAGAUCUUCACAGUGUCGCCGAAAAGCGCGAUCAGUCGCCCGGCGAGAAUCUUCAGCCCGUCAACGGCCGCAACCUAGGGCCCAUGGGUCCCUCGCGACUAAUCGUUCAGAAACCGAUGAUCGCAGCAGUGGCCGGCUAUGCGGUGGCUGGCGGACUGGAGUUGAGUCUCUUGGCUGAUCUCCGGGUGGUCGAAGAAGAUGCAGUCUUUGGGGUCUUCUGCCGGCGCUGGGGUGUCCCGUUGAUCGACGGAGGGACUGUUCGGCUGCACGCGAUUGUCGGCCUCGGUCGCGCGCUUGAUAUGAUUCUCACCGGUCGGCCAGUGGGAGCCCAAGAGGCACUGGCGAUGGGACUCGCCAACCGGGUGGUGCCGAAGGGCGAGUCGCUCAAGCAGGCCAUGGCAAUAGCCAAGCAGCUCAUCACGUUCCCAGAGCUCUGCUUGAACACAGAUCGUCGAUCGGCAUAUUAUAGUGCCUAUGAUGCGUCCUCCUUUCACGAUGCAAUGUUCCAGGAGUUUAAUGCGGGGAGUCAGGUCAUUUCCAAAGAGGCGAUUGCUGGCGCUGCAAAGUUCAGCCAGGGCUCUGGUAGACAUGGCAGCUUCAAGGGGUUCUCCAAGCUGUGA